AUGAACUUGGAAUCCCGAUCAGAAGUGAUAGUUUGUUCCAGGAAUGCCAUGGAGCCUAACAAUCUCUCGAAAGUAGAGGUCACCAAGUUCGAAGAGCUACACACUCGCGAAAGCGAGGAAGCCGACCAAUUCCUUCAAAGGAAGGGAAUGAAAGUUGGCGACCCAGAAGAAAAAAAAAGAGUGGAAUAUAUUUAUACCUGUGGUAUGAACCCCUUACGGGCCGCCAAGGCCCUACAGAAUCCCCAUUCUAAAACCGCUAAUCAUAAUCUUGUUAUGACUGUCCCUCUUACGGGGAACUCUUUUCAGGCAGCACUAAUCAAAUAA